CUCUGCACUUAACCAUGCCUCCCACCCGGGACCCUUUCCAGCACCCCACGCUAGAUAACGAUGAUUCCUACUUGGGAAAACUGCGGGCUUCCAAGAAAUCACCGUACAAGAACCCAACUCACCUUGCCCAGCAACAGGACCCCUGGAAUCGGCUCAACUCAACUCCCACAAUUACCUCCAUGAGGCGAGAUGCCUAUUUUUUUGAUUCUGAGAUACCGAAGGAUGACCUGGACUUUCGCUUAGCAGCCCUGUACGACCACCACACCGGGGCGUUCAAGAACAAAAGUGAGGUACUAUUGCACCAGGAGACCAUCCAGGAUACCAGUGGAAUCAAGACCCAAGGGCCUGGGGCAUUUUUACCCACUCCUCCUCCACUCUCUAUCAUUUCCCGGGCUAACAUCAGACACUGGAUCAACCCUAAGAAGGAGUCCACCCACAGCAUCCAGGGAUCCAUAGUGUCCCCCCACACUGCAGCCACCAAUGGAGGUUACUCCCGAAAGAACGAUGGCGGCUUCUUUUCCACCUAGUGUAAACUGGACCUUGGCUAAUUAAUCUUAGUAGAACAUCCUGCCGCUCACCUCUAAUAAAUAGAUUUGU